AUGAGCGGGGAAGAUCAGCACCGCGGCCUCCGCGGCCGCCUCUCCGGGUUCUUCUCCACGCCGCCCUCACAGAACCACCGUUCCAGCGAGCAGGUCGCGAAGCUGAUGGAGGAGCUCGAGAGGCAGAGGGAUCUCAAGGAGACGUACAAGGCCCGGUUGGAGAGCACGCAGGAGUACCUCAGGUUCUGCCUCGAGGUCGCCCAGGAGCACGGCUUCCUGCACCUCAUAUCCGACGGCGCGCCGCAGCAGUCGCCGCACGGCGACGCCGAAGCCGAGCCCGCGACGAAUGUCGACACCGACGACGCGGACGAAGACUACCCAGCGGAGGCGCCGCCCUGCGACGAUCCGUACCUGGCCGCCACGCGCAACCUAGCGGUGCAGCACGGCUGGUCCGUGGCUCCGGACGAGAUCGAGCUGCACGAGGUGAUAGGCCGGGGCACGACGGCGGACAUCCACCGGGCGACAUGGCGGGGGCUGGACGUGGCGGUGAAGUGGGUGCGCCCGGAGUUCUUCCGCUCCAACCCCAGCGGCGAGGCCUUCUUCGCUCAGGAGGCCGACGUGCUGUCGCGCCAGCGGCACCCGCACGUGCUGCGCCUGCUGGGCGCGUGCCUGCGCCCGCCCGACAGCUGCUUCCUGGUGACCGAGCUGCUGAGCGGGGCCACGCUGGGGGAGUGGCUGCACGGGGGACGGGAGCGCCGCCCACGGGCGUCUUCGUCACCGCCGCCGCCGCCGCCGCUGGUGGACAGGGUGAGCAGGGCGCUGGAGAUCGCGCUGGCCAUGUGGCACCUCCACGAGCAGACGCCCAGGGUCGUGCACCGCGACCUCAAGCCCAGCAACGUGCUCCUGGAUGCUGACCUGCGCGCGCGGGUCACGGACUUUGGCCACGCCAGGUUCUUGCCGGACGGGAAGGAGGCGCUCACCGGCGAGACGGGGACCUAUGUGUACAUGGCUCCUGAGGUGAUUCGCUGUGAACCGUACACGGAGAAAUGCGACGUCUACAGCUUCGGCAUCAUGCUGAAUGAGCUGAUGACUGCAGAGCAUCCAUACAUUGAAACAAGCUAUGGACCUAGCAAGAUUGCGCUGAACGUUGCAAAUGGAACAUUAAGGCCAAAACUCCCAGAACGUGAUGCAUGUCCUACUGGCCUCACUGAUCUCAUCUGCCGGACGUGGGAUGCAGAACCUUCAAACAGGCCGUCAUUUGCCACUAUAAGUUUGGCACUUAGAGAAAUCAAACAGCAAAUCGUGCAACAAAGAGAAUAUAACCAGCAUUCGAAUUAUGCAUAG